AUGAGUGACUUCCCCGCUUCCAGGGAGCCUGCCGUCGCUCAUCAUGGCGACGACGAGCGUCCGUCAAAUGGUGAUGACAGCAAGACGGUUUCCGAGGACAAGAAGGACCACACAGGUCCACCAUCGGACUCCGAUACCGAGCUUGGUGAGAUGAAUGAAAAGGCUCUGUUGCGAAAGAUUGACUGGAAGCUACUGCCAGCCGUUGGUAUUCUGUACCUCCUGUCGUUCCUUGAUCGGUCCAACGUCGGCAAUGCUCGCAUCGAAGGCCUCCUGGACGAUCUGGGAAUGUCUGGCGAUCAAUACCUCACCGGAUUGACCAUCUACUUUGUCGGUUAUGUCAUCUUCGAGAUACCAUGCAACAUCAUCUUGAAGCGGACAACGCCGCAACUCUGGCUGCCCACCCUGACCGUAGCAUGGGGCAUCGUGGCCACGCUGAUGGGCAUCGUCACCAACCCCGCCGGGUUUUUCGCGGCCCGAUUCUUCCUCGGUGUGACCGAAUCCGGUCUGUUCCCCGGAGUCGUAUACUACUUUUCCAUGUGGUACCAGCGCCGCGAGCGCCAAUACCGCAUCGCCCUCUUCUUCUCCGGCGCCGCCCUCGCCGGAGCCUUUGGCGGCAUUCUGGCCUGGGGCAUCGGCCACAUGCGCGGCGUGGUGUGGGCCAACAGCUGGCGCUGGAUCUUCAUCCUCGAGGGCAUCGCCACCGUCGCCGUGGCGCUUGCCGCCUAUUUCUUCAUCCAAAACUACCCCGACACGGCCAAGUUCCUCUCGCCGGCGGAGAAGCGCAGCAUCCACGCGCGGCUGGCGGCCGACAGCGACGCCACGCUCGACGAGCGCUUCAACUGGGCCAACGUGACGGCGGCGCUGCGCGACCCGGCCUGCUGGCUGUACGGGCUGGGCUUCCACACCGUCAGCCUGCCGCUGUACACGCUGUCGCUGUUCCUGCCCACCAUCAUCGCCAACCUGGGCUACACGUCGGCCGUGGCCCAGCUGCUGACCAUCCCGCCCUACGCCUUUGCCUUUGUCACCACGCUGACCGUGGCCUCGCUCUCGGAAAGGUACCGUCGCCGCGCGCUGCCCAUCGCGGGCUCCGCCGCGCUCGCCAUCGUGGGCUACGUCGUCCUGCUGGCCAACACGAACCCGGUGGCGCGGCCGGGCGUGUCCUACCUCGGGACGUUUUUGGCCGCCGGCGGCAUCUACCCUGCAGUGGCCCUGGUGCUGUCCUGGCCGGCCAUCAACGUCUCCGGGCAGACCAAGCGGGCAGUGGCCAACGGGAUGCAGAUCAGCGUCGGGAACCUGGGUGCGGUGCUGGGCACGCAGCUUUACCGGUCCGGCGACGGGCCGAGGUUCAUCGUCGGGCACUCAUUUGCGCUGGGUUACCUGGCGGCCAAUAUCAUUGUCGUCUUGACGCUGUGGAGGCUGCUGAGUCGGGAGAACGCGAGGAGGGAGGGCAUUGCAGAGGAGGUCAAGGCCGUGGGGGCUUUGGAGGAUUGGCAGGGCGACACGGAUCCGAGAUGGAGGUUCGAAGUGUAG